AUGGACACCAAUAAGCCCGGCGCCACGCAUAAUGAGGGCCAUGAAUUGACCAAGCCGGACCUGGAUGCCAUCCAUGUCGUCCGAGUCCCUCUCACAGAGGAGGACAGCAAACGCAUUCGUCGCAAGACAGAUCGAGUGAUCCUGGUGAUUCUCGUCUGGGUGUAUUUCCUGCAGAUUCUGGACAAGAGCGUCCUGGGAUACGGCGCCACGUUCGGUCUGAAGGAUGACACCCACCUGACGGGCAAUCAGUACUCUCUCAUCGGCUCCAUCUCCCCCAUUGCCCAGCUGGCCUGGCAACCUUUCUCCUCUUUCUUGAUUGUCAAGGUGCCUCACCGGAUCUUGAUGCCGACGCUGAUUCUCGGAUGGGGCAUCGCCCAGGCAUGCAUGGCCGCCUGCCACAGCUUCUCCGGUCUCAUGGCAACCCGUUUCUUCCUGGGUCUAUUCGAGGCUGGAUGUCUUCCUCUGUUUAGUAUCAUCACGAGUCAGUGGUACCGUCGUGCCGAACAGCCGCUGCGUGUGGCGGCGUGGUACAGUACGAAUGGAUUGGCGACCAUCAUUGCGGCCAUCCUGUCGUACGGAUUUGGACAUAUCACGUCCGGUCUGUUGAAGGAAUGGCAAAUUAUUUUCCUUUUCGCCGGGCUUCUGACCAUCAUCUCGGCCCCUGUGGUCUAUUGGCGGCUGGAUAAUGAUGUAGCGUCGGCGAGGUUCUUGACGGACCAAGAGAAACUUCAAGGAUUGGAGCGUCUGCGUGCCAACCAGACCGGUGCUGGAAACCGCGAAUUCAAGAUCAGCCAGGUGGUGGAAUCCGGCCUCGAGCCCAAGACGUACCUAUGGAUCGGUAUGGCCUUCCUGCUGAACGUGGGCGCCUCUGUCACGAACGUCUUCGGCCCAUUGAUUCUCUCCGGCCUUGGGUUCGACAAGUACCAAACCACGCUGCUCAACAUGCCCUUCGGGGCUCUGCAGUUCAUCAUCAUUCUUCUCGCUAGUUAUCUGGCACAGAAAGCCCGACUGAAGGCCGCCAUCCUGGCCGGGUUCAUGCUCCCCGUCAUUGCCGGUCUCGUCAUGCUGCACGUCCUCCCUCGCAACGACUCGGUACAGGGCGCCCUGAUGGCCGGCUACUACCUCCUAGCAUUCUUGUUCGGCGGAAAUCCGCUGAUUGUUGUCUGGAUUGUGGGUAACACAGCCGGGACGACGAAGAAGUCCAUCGUGAUGAGUCUGUACAAUGCGGCCUCGUCGGCGGGCAACAUCGUGGGCCCCCUUCUGUUCAACGAAGCCGACGCUCCGGCGUACCAGCCGGGGCUGAGGGCUUGUCUCGGAAUUUUUGUGGCACUGGUGGCGAUCGUGCUGAUCCAGUGGGCCAACCUGUUCGUCCUCAACAAGAUGCAGGAACGGCGCCGGGUGCGGAACGGCAAGUCCGCGAAGCUGGUGGAUCGCUCCAUGCAGGCUCACUUUCAGCAGGCGGGUGGGGAUGCAGCUGUAGAGGAUGGGGGGAACCAUGAGGUGGGCAAUAAUGCGUUUUUGGAUCUGACUGAUCGUGAGAACGACGAGUUUGUAUAUAUCUACUGA